AUGACUACGCUGCUAGGAAACAGACCAUUGUCCUUGAUCAUUGCUAUUGCAAUCCCAUUCGUCGGGGCUCUACCUGCUACUAUGGCCACUCAGCCUCAACUUAAAAAGGACGGAUGGUAUCAAUCGUUGAAGAAGCCUUCUUGGACUCCUCCAAACUACCUAUUCCCACCUGUCUGGACCUUUUUAUACGCUAGCAUGGGCUACGCAUCCUUCCGAAUCUACGACGUCAUCUCGGAAUCACCUUCAAUCGAUCCAACUCUCCCUCUCGCUCUCUACGCUACCCAGCUCGGCUUGAACUGGGUGUGGUCUCCAGUCUUUUUUGGAAUGCACAGAGCUGAUCUUGGUGGUGUUAUCAUCUUGGGUUUGCUAGGUACUAUUACUGCUACGGCGGUCGAGUUUCAUAAGAUUGACGAGACUGCUGGUCUUUUGAUGAUUCCUUAUAUUGCUUGGGUCUCUUUGGCUUCUGCUCUCAACUUGUCUAUAUGGUACAACAACCCAACUACAACCAAGAAGAGCAAGUAA